CCUCGAGGCGGCGCCUCGCGGGAGGUUCGGUUCGGAGCCCGGUUCGCGGUAGCUGCUCGCGAGGGCGUCUCCUCUCCAGAAGAUGCCCCUGAUGGCAGAGUCUUUGAGACACAUCUGUAGGGCAGCAGUUUUGAAGAGGAGGCUGAGCACGAGACUCUUUGAAACCCUUGGCGCCGCGUCCUGAAAUCGGCAGCAGGAGAGGCCGUGGCUGGGAGCAUGGAUGACGACGUCCCGCUCAUCUUGACCCUGGACGACAGCGGGAGUGCCCCGCUGGCACCGUCUGACCGCCUGGGUCCAGAGGAUUUGCCCAAUGAAAAUGGAGGCAGCUAUAUUAUCGGUGACUUGAGGCUGUCUGUCACAGAUUCCGGGGAUGGGGCCUCCUUGAGUCCCACCAGGCCCACCUGGGAAAUGAAUUACCAAGAGGCAGCAAUCUACCUCCAGGAAGGCGAGAAUAAUGACAAAUUCUUCACUCACCCCAAGAACGCCCAGGGCCUGGCUGCCUACCUCUUUGUCCACAACCACGUGUUCUACCUGAUGGAGCUGACCACAGCUUUGCUCCUACUGCUGCUCUCCCUGUGCGAGGCUCCCGCCGUCCCCGCUCUUCGGCUUGGCAUUUACGUGCAUGCGACCCUGGAGCUGUUUGCCCUGAUGGUGGUGGUCUUUGAGCUGUGCAUGAAGAUGCGAUGGCUGGGCUUCCACACCUUCAUCCGGCAUAAACGCACCAUGGUCAAGACGGUGGUGCUCGUGGUCCAGUUUGUCGAAGCCAUCGUGGUGCUGGUUCGUCAGACGUCACACGUGCGGGUGACCCGGGCCCUGCGCUGCAUCUUCUUGGUGGACUGUCGAUACUGCGGUGCUGUCCGUCGCAACCUGCGGCAGAUCUUCCAGUCUCUGCCUCCCUUCAUCGACAUCCUCCUGCUCCUGCUCUUCUUCAUGGCGAUCUUUGCCGUCCUGGGAUUUUAUCUGUUCUCCCCAAAUCCCUCGGACCCGUACUUCAGCACCUUGGAGAACAGCAUCGUUAGCCUCUUCGUCCUGCUCACCACCGCUAACUUCCCAGAUGUCAUGAUGCCCUCGUACUCCCGGAACCCCUGGUCCUGCAUCUUCUUCAUUGUGUACCUCUCCAUUGAGCUCUACUUCAUCAUGAACUUGCUCCUGGCUGUCGUGUUCGACACGUUCAACGACAUUGAGAAGCGCAAAUUCAAGUCAUUAUUGCUUCACAAGCGUACAGCCAUCCAGCACGCCUACGGCCUGCUCGUCAGUCAGCGGAGGCCCUCAGGGAUCUCCUUCCGGCAGUUUGAAGGCCUGAUGCGGUUUUACAAGCCCCGGAUGGGGGCUCGGGAGCGCUAUCUCACCUUCAAAGCCCUGAAUCAAAGCAAUACACCUCUACUCAGCCUGAAGGAUUUUUACGGUAUCUAUGAAGUUGUUGCCUUGAAGUGGAAGGCGAAACGCAAUAAAGAGCACUGGUUUGAUGAGCUCCCCCGCACAGCCUUCGUCAUUUUCAAAGGCAUUAAUAUCCUAGUGAAGUCCAAAGGCUUCCAGUAUUUCAUGUACGUGGUGGUGGCUGUCAAUGGGAUAUGGAUCCUCGUGGAAACUUUCAUGCUGAAAGGUGGAAACUUCUUCUCCAAAAACGUGCCCUGGAGUUACAUCGUGUUCCUCACUAUCUAUGCAGUGGAACUGCUCCUGAAGACCACUGGCUUGGGGCCUGUGGAAUAUCUCACCUCUGGAUGGAACCUGUUCGACUUCUCUGUAACGGCGUUCGCCUUCCUGGGACUCCUGGCCUUGGCGUUCAACAUGGAGCCAUUCUAUUUCAUCGUGGUCCUACGCCCGCUCCAGCUCCUGAGGUUGUUCAAACUGAAGAAGAGGUACCGGAAUGUGCUGGAUACCAUGUUUGAGCUGCUCCCCCGCAUGGCCAGCCUGGGCCUCACCCUGCUCAUUUUUUACUACUCCUUUGCCAUUGUGGGCAUGGAGUUCUUCUGUGGGAUCCUGUACCCCAACUGCUGCAACACGAGCACAGUGGCUGACUCCUAUCGGCAGAUCAACCGCACGGUGGGCAAUAAGACCAGCGUGGAUGAGGGCUAUUAUUAUCUCAACAACUUCGACAACAUCCUGAACAGUUUUGUGACCUUGUUCGAGCUUACGGUGGUCAACAACUGGUACAUCAUCAUGGAAGGUGUCACCUCCCAGACUUCCCACUGGAGUCGCCUCUACUUCAUGACGUUCUACAUCGUGACCAUGGUGGUGAUGACCAUUAUCGUAGCCUUCAUCCUUGAGGCCUUCGUUUUCCGCAUGAACUAUAGCCGGAAAAACCAGGACUCUGAAGUAGACGGCGGCAUCAUCCUGGAGAGGGACGUUUCCAGGGAGGAGCUGAUUGCGGUCCUGGAGCUCUAUAGGCAGACCCAGGGUUCUGGGUCUGAUGUCUCUCAGCUGCUGAAAACCCGCUUGCAGAUGGACAAGUAUGGGCAAAACUCGGUGGUGUUUCUGGGAAGAAGGUCAAAGACCAAAAGUGACCUGAGCCUGAAGAUGUACCAAGAAGAGAUAAAGGAAUGGUACGAGGAGCAUGCCCGGGAACAGGAGCUGUGGAGCAGGCAGGAGGGUCCCGGCACCGUCCUCCCCCCGUCCCAGCAGUGCCCAGGAGGCCGGCCUCGCUCCCAGACCAUCAUCUAGCCAGCCCAGCUAACAGAAGCCAUUUCUUCUAUGCAAUAACAGAGUAGUAUUAUUUUACAAUAAUCUAUUGAACUAUGUAUGUGUGGGUAAAGUGGGGUUAGGUUUUUAACCCCCUUGUGCUCACUCUCCCCGUUUGUCCUAACUCCAAAAGUCAGUAACUUUGGAAGACCAACCCAGCAUGGGCCCCCCUCCACUGAGGUGACCCUAAGCUGCAGAAUAACCCUUUUUUUUUUUUUUUAAAAAAAAGGACCCACUCGUUUUGAAAAUGGGCUCCCACCCCCUUGAGUGGGCUGUGCCCAUCACCCCCUUUUCUGGACAGAUGGCCCCAAUGCACACAGACUCAGGGGCUGAUCUGACACCCCCCCAUCCUCCCAUAUACCUACCUGUGUUUCUCUGUCUCAAUUUAGGGACAAAACCACUGAAAAAAAAGAGACAGAGCCCGGGGAGGAGAGGGGUCGGGUUUUCUAUAUUGUCGAUGACAGCGUCCUGCUUGUUGAACAGCGGGGUGCCUGGGCAUUGUGUGAAGGGAAGGCAGGGAGUGGAUUCACCAAGUGCCCAGGGAAAGGCCAGGGAAAUCGAGGCUCUUCCCCAAAAGAUUCCAUUUCAGUCGUGUUGUUCGCUCAGCAAACAUUUACUCCAAAAGACAACAACGAAACAGCCCACAGAGGCAGGAGCCCCCUGUUCCACCCACGCCAUGCUGCCACUGCGGGUUUCCCACCUGCGCGUGGGGAGGCUUCCUUGCCUGGCUAGUGACGGACUAGAGCCCACUUCUUGGGGGCCAGGCCCGUUGAGGGGGAAUGCCAUGGGAAAUGGGGCCAAGCAUAGUGAAUGGGCCCUGGAACAUCUCUCAGGAGUCAUUUUUUCUAUGUAUUCCCCAAGUUCAAGCCUGUUGCCUUGUAACUGGACUGUGGCCCAUCAAAGUAGAGAAUGGAAAAGGAUCCUACUUCCUUAUGAUUUUUGCUUCAUUGCAGUCUGGCUAACUGAAGUCUGACUGUGUUUCCAUUAAUGUUUGCAUAGAAUUAUAUUCAUGUGUGUAUAUAUCUAUACAUAUGUAUCAUAUUCUCCUUGGAGAAGAAAGGGGAUAGUCAGAAAAUUAGCCUCACAUUGGCAACUGAAUUACAAGUUAGCACCGACUGUCCCGAGGAUGCCCUGUGUGGGGAUGCUCUCACCCCAGGCUCCCCGGUCUUCUCUCUCCCGCUCUGGAGGGUGACUGACCAAGAGCUGAGCCUUCGACUGUCUUUCAGCAUGUAUGCCCUAGCAGCAGAGUGGACCUCGGAAGGGUUCUCUUAAACUCUUCAUUCAUUUCCCGGGCAUCACCUUGGUUCCCUGGCAUUGGGGUUGGAGGCAGCUUGACUGUGUAAUUCCUUCUCGAGCUUUGAGCCGGGGAGAAUCGUGGGAUCACAGAUGACAAGGUGGGAGGGACCUUCCUCAGUUCACCUGGUCCGGCUGAUGCUUGGGUCCAAAGCAGCCCAUGAUCCCUGGGUGCCUAGGCUGUCCCAGAGCCCUUCCCAGAUGGCCAUACCAGGAUGCUCCCCGAGUAAGGUCACCCAGCCUGGGGCAGUCUGCAGCAGUGGUGGCACUUAGGCUGUUUGGAAGCUGCCUCUGAUCUCCUGCUUGUCCUCUUGGGCCUGGGAGCAAGGGUAGAGGGGUACUUCCUGGCAGAGGAAGAAGGAAAAGCAAAAUCCUCCAAAAAUCUGUGUAGGAAGCAGCAGCUGGUCUGGGGGUUUCAAGCCCCCAGCUUCUUCCUGCCACUGCUGCCUAAUUGGACGUGAAGAGGGUAAGCACGUUUCUUCCUCUGUGUAGUCAUCUCAUCAAUGGGGAGUGAGUGGGCAGCUUGUGGGGCAGUGUGGUCUUUCUCCCCAGAAGGGACAGCUGCUGGCAGCAGCCAGGCCUUUCCCAUCCCACCAUCCUCUCACAUCAUCUCAAGUGACAGGGGGCCGGGCCACUGGGUUUCUAUCCUGGAAACCAAACUUGCCUUUCACAUGGAAAGGAAUUCUGGGUUGAUUAACAAAGUUCCCUCCCUUGAGUCUGGGAAUGGGAAAGGCUAUUGAGUCCUGCAGAAAAGAGCCAGGAUUGGGGACCCAGAAGAUCAGAGGGGCCUGGUUCUUCCCUGGCUGUCUGCUUUGGUGCUCUCAGGCCCUUCCUAGCAAGUCUAGAGGGACUGAUGAAACAACCCCACCCCUAGGCCCUCCCAAAAGGAAAAAAUACAAAGCUAAUCAAAUGUUUGUACCGUGGGUAGCUGGGGCAUUUUGUGGAAUGCGUAGCCAACCCUCUGGGCUUCCGGGAUAUACUGGCUUCUGGAGAUGAAUAGAAUCAAGAAAGCUUAGAGCAAAGCUGGAGACCACUGGUGGGUCUUUGCAGUGAGAAUCUGCACCUCCCUCAGCUCUGUAGGUAUCAGUGGUGUCCCUGCCCCCCCCCCCCCAAGCACAAAGCUAGAGCUUAGAGCCCGUGACAUGCCUGGAUGUGUGAUUCUUUAGUGAUGUUGAAACUUUGGUGCAGCUAGUCUGCAGAUGGCAGGGCCAGUCCAGAAGACACUGAGCAGUGUGGGCCCAGGAGGACUUUAGAAAUGGCCUGAGCCAAACCGGGACUGGGCAAAGGUAACAGUGGUUGUGCUGUGGUGUCUGCUGACCACGCAGGGAGGGGGUAGAGCUGCCUCGAUUUACCACUGCAGAGCCUUUGGCACAAUCUGCUUGGAUGCCCUGAGUUUCCAGGUGUCCCAAGUCGAACUGAAGUCAGUUUAGUUUCAGAGCCAGAGGGGACCAAUCCCCUCCUUAGCUGUGGACAUGGGUAACUUGCCCAAGGACACACGGCACGUCUGUGGCAGAGCCGAGACUUUUGUCCCUGGCCUGCUUUGCACAAAUUUGGAGAGAAUACCUUGGGGGUAAAGGUAUCUGCUCCUGUCCCUCCUUGAUCCCUCCUCCCCUUUUCCCUCAGCCUUACUCAGAACCACUGAGACAAUCAUUUUGUAUGGACAAGAGAAGCGUCGUGAGGUUUUGUACAUUGGAAAUUUGUUACCUAAAUAACCCAUCAGUAUGAGGGUCUCUAGAACUUAGGCACAUUAAUAAAAGGAUACUCUCUGCUUUGUAAA